AUGGCAACUCUCUUUACACUUCUCAUCCUCUCGAUUAUCGGCCAGGCUCUAGCCGCCCCUGUUUCCGACACUGAGAAUAUUGGUUUGGUUGCAGCAACGCCAACGCUCAAAGUUGACGUUAAUAAUUGGCAAGACAUUGCUGAGCUCGACUGCUAUGCUAUACUAUGUGAUUAUAACGGCGAGAAGAAAUGGCAAAAGGCUGUUGGUGGUGUCAAAGCUGCAGAAGAUCAUUACACCGAGUCUGGAGCAAAGCUUGGGCCUUUUAAAGAUACCACUUUGCGAAAAACUAGCGUGAUCAAGCAGGGCUUCAUCAGUCCUGAGGAGUUCCCAUGGCGAAGUAUGGAAAAAGGUGGGACUGGAGCACGCUUGUUUCCUGUCGACGGUAAACAGCAGAGUCGCCAAGGAGGAACUAUCUCAGGAGCUUAUAAAACAGCCAAAAUCAAGGAUGGUGAUUAUUUCGAACUCGAGUUCACCAAUUUUUCAUCCACUAGUGUCUACUGCAAAGCGCUCUUCAAGAAAACCCCUGAUAAGUCUGUGUGCAAGGACAAGAAGAAGACCGAUGUGUUUGGCCAAUCUAUCUUCCCAGGUGAUUACGACUAUACAAAGGACCCGAAGAGCUCGAGCCCCAUCACAUUUAAGCACUAG